GAAAAGGAAAGAAAAGAACAGUGCGAAUAAGGGUGACAGGCGGGCUGUAGUAGUUUGGAAGCAUUGAAAACGAUGGAGAAAGUUAAAUUGAAACAGAGCAAGAAGAAAGAGAAACCUCUAAAUGAAGAAGAGGCUAUUGCAGGAUCAAUUCCAGAUGCUCCAUUAUUAGGAGAUUUCCUUCCUGAUAAUGCAAGUGUGGUUUCCAGUUACUUCUGUUCAGAGAGUUCCAAAAAUAUUGAAAGUGAAAUACUUGAUGCAGUUAGGGAUGAUGGGGCAUGUGUACAGAUGGAAGAAGAAAAUAAACAGUCUUGUAAGCAUGAGAUUUGUGAUACUGACCAAAGUACAGUACAGACACGACUGGAAAGUAUGUCACUGGCUGACAGUAAAAUUGUUCUGCCUACAAAUGAUGUUGAGAACCUAAGUGAAUUCCAAGAGUUAGAGAAUUACAGAAAAUCAGACAUUGCAGUUGGGACAGAGUUGCAGGAAAUUCAUUCAUAUGUGUUAGCCACUAUGGACUCCAGCAAUGUGGAAGCUGACAGCAGAUUAGAAUCCCCAAGGCUCUCCAUAGUUGACAAUCUGUGCGAACAUGAUUCUCAUACAAAAGGGGAGACUGUUUCAGCACCCAUGGAUAUGCCCACAACAGAAGUAAAUGAGGUUAGCAUUACCAAAAUUGUACCACUAUCAGUGACAUCAGUGAAGGUAGACGAUGAAAGAAAAAUAGCGACAUUUCCAAAAGAAGAUGUUAAAAUUGUUAGACCACAUAUGUCUAAGUCUAUUAAUGAUGUGAAUAAUUCAGAAGCUGUAGUACAUGAAAUAAGGCCGUUUACUGAAGCACAGCUCUCAUCCCUUUAUAGCAAUCGAGAAUUGGAAAUGAAUGCUGAAUUUGUGUCAGAGUUUGUGGAGAAUCACUUACGUGAUGGGCGACAGCAGCAUUGUCUGUAUGAGCUGCUGGUGAGUUACUUUCGUGCCAGAAAUAGACUUAUUGUCAAUGCAAUGGAUCUUGAAGCCCUGAAGAAGGAAUGUGAAGAGCAUCAGAAUAAUCUGUGGAUGAUCGAGACGAGCGUCAUGUCUGACAGUGGGGAAUGCCAAGAUGGUAAUCCAGUUUCAGCAUCCCAUGAGUACAAAGUGUCACGAUUCAGCAAGACUGCCUUAUCCUCUUUGGCUCGAUCACUGGCAUCCGUGAAGGAACUUGUUAAUGAGGUGCAUUCACUAAACUCAUAUACUUCUGAGGUUCUCAAGCUUCAAAUAGAACAUUAUAUACAGAGUGUUGCAAAUUCAUGUCCUGAAUUGAUGCAACUACCUCAUAACGUACCAGCGAACCUUCACCUUGGUGAGCCGCCACCGCAUGUUGCAGCUUGCUUCUCGGAGUUGCGAACGUGCAUAGCGAUCCUGUUCACAUUCCAGAGACGCUUAGUGAAAGAUUCCCAGUUUGUGUCAGACACAAGGGAUUGGUUAUCUCGCCUGGUGGCUGUCUUGCUUCGUGUGGCCUCAUGGAGGGAUCACUUGUUCCUACUGAAUCAUGUCCUGCGUUGCCCUGCUGAUGUAGGAUCAUGGGCUGCUGGCUAUAUUCAGGCUCCUUCACCUCCACUUCCUUGCCUUGUUGACAGUGGGCAUUAUGGUUCUAGUCCUUCCCCAUUUACAAGUUCCCACCUGGACCACAUGGUGGCAGUGUUGGCAACCAUCCUGCUGCCUAUUCGAGAGAGGGAACGUUUCUUGGAACAGGUUCAAAAAUCAAUGAGGGAAUCGUCAUCUCGUGAAUCAGAGAGUGAAGGACUUUGGGUGUUGGUUGAUUCUGAUGGAGAAGAAGAUGAUCUUACAGGUUGUCAAUACACAGGUUGGGCAACUCACUUGCGUGAAAAUGACCUGGUCUCGCUUUUAAACCAGAUCCCAAUGGAUUGUCUAUAUCGACACAUUCUGCUGAUAGAGAGGCGUGAUGAUAGGGAUUUGUUUGAUAUCAGAAGAGUGAGUGAUCACCACGUUUUGCGUCUGUUUGCUUUUGCGACGGUGUUCGUUCGUCUGCUGAGACAAGGUCUACGUACAUAUGAUUCUCCACGAUAUAGACAGUUUGCCAAGAGACUGGGCCGACUGAUAAGGCAUACUGUACAGUAUGCUUCCGAUUUAUGGGAAAGUUUCAGGAUAUACAGUCAGCUAAGUGAUCUGGCCAUGCUGAGACGAUUGCAGACAGAAUAUGAUGCGUUCUUCCUCCGUGCUACACGUUCCAUAUUUUCAUCACAACGCCUUGGAGCAUGGCAGUUUCUGGCUGUUAUUCCUUACAACACAGUCUCCAUAUCAACACUGUGGAGGCUGUUCUAUAGCCUCCAUGAAGAGUAUCAGGAAGAGGAUUCAUUAGCAACUUGGACGGACACAAAGACAGAUUGGGAAAGAAAACUAAUGGCGCCAGAGUUGCGACAGCAGUUUGAGGAGAAACUGACAUCCAUGCCUGAUGCAGAAUCUUUCUACUUGUUGACAACAUUUGCAAACAUGGCAAUGGCUAGAUCAGAUCCUGCAGACAGAAGCUUUGUCCAUGCUGCUACUCUUGACCUAUUUCAGGUUGGUUUCCUGAGUUCUGCCACACAAGACAGCUGUUCUAAAACAGCACGGGUUUUGCUGGCCAACAUUACUUCCCGACACCCUUUGUUGUUAUCUGAUGUCCUUUAUAAACUGCAAGACAACUUCACACAGGCUGGAAAGCUGAGCCUGUACCUCUUCAAGGAGUUACCUUUGCACCUAUGGAAACCAACUGAACAAGAUCUCUGCAUUGUUUCCCACUGGCUUCUUGAGUGUCCACCGAGCUCCAUAGAGAACCAGUUGGCUCGCCAGAUCCUCAGCCAGCUUAACUGGGGGUGUGAAGGACCAGGUGCUCAUGGAGGUGAAUUGGCUCUACCACUGGAGCUACACCAGCGCGUGGCUAUACUAGUUGUGGAGGCAGCACUUCGUUUUGUACCCGAGACAGUGGCUGCAGGAAUGAUCACAGAAAGUGUAAAACAGGUAUCAAAUUUGGCAUCCUCCAUGGUGCGCCCUCAGUCCAUUGAGCACGCCUUCAGUUUGUGGACUUGGGAAACUGUUGCUAGAUUAAGGCUGCACAUCUUGGACCAGCCAGAACAUGUAGUGUGGACAGCUAUGGCCAAUCCUGCAGUAGCAUUUGCUAAUGUUCCUGACAUGGAUUCAGAUAUCAGGCUUGAAGUGAUUGUGGGUGGUGUGAAGGACAGGCAGCCGAUAGCUUCCUACGUAGCUGCACUGGCUACUACAUGGGGCCAUAGUGUGCCACUAAUAUGUACCAAAGGCUUCAAUCAACUUCAGAUUCUCUUGUGCCAUUACAAGUAUGAUGCCAUCCUCACCGUCCUGCAGUUUUAUAUCCCACUGUUCCUGAAUUGCGAGGAGUCCUUGAUUGAGUGUGACAGAUUUAUCUCCGUGUUGAUCUCACUUAUAAUGGCUGAUCGGACAUACAUGAAGAUGGCAAAGAACCUGAUAGUGCCAGAAUUUCCUGGGCCAGUACUGAAGCGAUUUGAAACUAUGAUUGAAUCACAAAUGAUGAACUAUAGAAGGUACAGCCUCGUAAGUCCCUGCCCACUUGUUCGACUCUGGCUGCUGAGCCUGAGUCAGGUGCCAGACUGGACCAAAGAACCAUCUGUUACUUAUCUUAUGGAUGUAGUGUUGCGCAGCGCAUUCUUUCAUGCAGAUGCUACGGAGAUGGCGUUCUGUAUCCUGAAGCAGUUGCACCAGAACGUGACAGGAUCCAAGCAUGGAGGUGCUAUUUCAUCUUUCAUUAGUUGGGUUGCAUCAGGUUCAGCUCAUGCAGUGUCUUUACUUCCACGAGCUUCCAGCCCUGAGAGUCCUUGGUUUGCAUAUUUUGUGCUUGAAAUGGAGCAAGAAUUAAUUGAAGAGAGAACAGGACUCUGGAGGGAAGUUCUCCGGGAGUUGGCAGUUGCAAGUGGGAAAGCAAAUGUUGAUCAAGCAGUCAAGAAAGCAGCUCAUAAUUUGAAAAUCCCAACGUUAUCAGCAGCCAGCCUUUCUAUCUACCGAUGGUCACAGCAAGCUUUGGACACACCACUUGAUCAUCCACUUCUUCCUCUUCUGUGGCAGAAAUUCUUCACUCUUUUUCUAGCAAGAGUACCAUCAGCAUCAGGUGUUCCAAACAGGGGUGGCGUAGGAGAUAAGUUCUUUGAGGGUAUGAUUAAUCUGAGUUUCCACAAGAAAUUGAAGAAACGACUUCAGGAUGCUACAGAACAUUAUCGAGCCAAAAGCAUUAGUGAUUCAGUUCAAGCAGAGGAAGCUGCAGAAGAUCAACUGACGGACACACUGCAUCAGCAGCAGGAACCCAGCACUGAAAAGAAGAUUUGGUAUACCGAGUGCUCAAAACUCUUUCGAACCUUCGGCCUUUGGUUGGAAGAGCCACGACUUCAUGAGCCAAGCCUCUUUCUUCCUGCUUUGCCUCCUCAGUAUAACUCCAACAAGUUGGCUGCACUACUGCAAGGAAAUGUGACUCCGUGGUUCGAGUAUAUGGAUUAUACGAAGGUCAGAGAAGAUCAAUGUGCGGCACUUCAAGAAUGGGAGGUUACCCAUUUCAGAACUGAAGAUCACAGGUUGAAAGUGCCAGUGUUGGCUAAUGCUGAGGACUCCACUGAGCCUGAUAAGAGAAUUUUGAAACGUUUACAGUCCUAUGACUCACCUGUACCUCCGCCACCUUUAAGGCCUGUGAAACCAGUUAUGCCUGUAGUCACAAAUGAGAUGUUGUGCAACAGGGGCACUGUACUUGACAGUCUUAAAACUUCAUUCAAAACUCUGUUGGAUUAUGCUCUAAGCUACUCUUUGCACGUGUCAGAACACACGGCUUUAGAUUGCAACUUCCUAGAGUUGGUGCCACAGUUAUACCGAGAUGUUGAAUUGGAGGUGGUACUCCAUGCAGCCUGUGAUAGUGAACCUCACACAAGGAGAGGAAAUGCAACAUACUGUGCUGGUCCUGCAGCUAUUCGAUUGAAGAUCUGUGAAGCACGCAGAAAUGAAGGAAAUGAGCAUCUCAUUGAACAAAAUCGUAGAGAAUUUGAAAGUAUAUUGAGUCGUGCAAUGCAGCCCCCACCUCAAAAAGUUUGUGCCAGCAGUGUUUACAUCGAGCAUGUUAUAAGGCUUCUGGAAAGUGAAUUUGAGAGGCAUAAAUCAACACAGAAUGCUGAUACUGCCACGAAACUUCAUGAUGUAGGUGUUACAUUGUUUUAUCAUAUCAUCACACUUUACAAUGAUGAAUCAGCAUUUUAUCCACCGUCAAAGCAACUACUUACAACAUGCAUUGAAACUCUUGGUCAGGUGUUUGUAUGUGGAGACGAGGGUCAGUGCAUGAGGUUACUGGGGACAGUAAUUCAGCAGCCGCAUCUGGGUGGGGUUUUGGGCCCUCACUUCACCCCUGCUGUUGCAAGCACUCCAACAUUCCUGCAGAUGUACAAGACUGUAGUAGAGACGGUGUAUCAACAGCCUGCUGAACUCAGUUUUGUUCUCUUGUCAAAGUUUGACAUCACUCGGUGGCUUGUGUCUCGAAGACCUAGGCUCAGUGAGAGGUCACAGUUCAUAGAACUUGUGGGGAAAGCACUUACUGCGGCAGGCCUCAAUCCUGAGGAUGAGAUCCUUAUACUACAUGAGGUGUUCCGCAAACAUAUCCGGCAAUUAUUGCUUCAUGACUUCCCUGAGCAUUAUGGUGAAGUUCUCAACUUGGUUCUGCGAGGUAGUGAGUCACAGAAUUUGUCUUUAGAAGUGUGGUUUGAUGUCCUUAAUGCCCUCAUGUCGGGGGAGGGUGAGAUUUUGGCUCCACCGAGACGACUGAGGUCAGGUCAGAACCUUGGAAGGGUGAAAGAGGAAGCUCGGAACUACGCAACUGAACAGAAGAUGCUCACUGUGUGAGCAACUGUGGCCAGCCCUCACUGAAAUGUUCUCUCCAUGGCUGGCUCCAUACUGGACCAGAAAUCUGAAGGAACCAACAGCGGCCUGGAUACAGCAACUGACUGAUGAUCGCUCGGUCCUUCUCCCGUGGAUCGCAGCUGAUGGUCCACAUGCCCACCGUGUUGUGUCUAUGUUUACAGAGUGUGUGCGAUUCAUUCUUGACACUUUGCCAGCCUGCAGCAAUAUCCUCAGUUUUGUAUGGCAGUUCUAUGUCGCCAGUUUUGCACAUUCAGCUGUCAAAGACUACAUCCUGGGAGUGGUACAUGGGAGUCUGCUUAGUUUACCGUGGGACCACUUCUGGCCGAGCAUGCAGGAUCUUGAAUGUAUGCUGAAGGUUGUGGACCAGUAUCUUCCAGAUUGUCAUGUGUUUUUGGGUGGUAUAUUCAUUGAAGUGAAUUGGCACCCCUGGGUGAGGCAUGUCCUCACAUCAUACCCGUCUCAAGUAGCUUCACGGACACAUGUCUGCCUCCUGCAUCUUCUAGUCAAACUUGCAAAUGAGCCAAAUGUAAGACAGUCGCCCAAAGUUCUUCCACUUCUCCAAGAAUCACGUCUGUUUGCUUGGCAUCAUGUAGAUGCAACAGCAUACGAGCAGGUGGUCAAUUGGUUUGUCAUGAGCUCUGAUCCCAGGGUCAUCCUGGGGCCCGAUAGUACAACUGGAGCAGAUAAUUCAGAGAAAACAGAUGGAAUAAGCCCUAUUGACUGCACUGUUCUAGAGCUCUUGCAGGUGGCAGCUGCACAUGGACCUCAGUCGACACAUUUCCAUCCAUCAACACCGCGCAAGAGGCAAAUAUUUGUACGUGCAUGUGUCAAGUUACUGAUGUCAUGUGCUAGUCGCUACAAAGUUCUGCUCAGCAGACGAGAACUUGCAUUCAGAGCUGCAGUUAACAAGUUGCUGAAUGAUACUGAGGCUGUUGUGCUCGCAACUGUUCCACCAGCUCAGCAUGUGGGAGAGGCAGGUCUGCUACUUACUGAACUCCUGGUAGCUGUGAACCAGCCCGCUGGCAGCCAGAUGUCUCGGCUUGCUGUGGACUGCUGUACCCAGUGGCUCACAGCAAGAGACUGUUCGAGUGUUGUGCUGCAGGCAUUUCUUCGGGUACUUGGUCCUACUGUCACAUCAUCUGAAGCCCUUGGAGCUAUUCUUGAGGCAGCUUUACAAGCAUUCUUCAAGAAUACAAUUUCAUCAGGACCAACUCCUGAAUGGGCAAUGGCAGUAGUGGUCCUACAGCAAUGUGUGCCACGACAGCCUCCACUAGAAGAGUGUCUCUUGGGCAGUGGUCACCUUCUGAGUCUGUAUGCAUUACUGCUGAAACGGCUGCCCACAUGUAGGGAUAUACGUGAAGAGGGCAGUGUUCUCUGCAACCUAGUGGACUGGCUUAUGAUCAUAAAGCCAACUGAGAACGUGGAAUCCAAACUACCAUUGUUGUGGGGCAAAGUUCUUGAGCUUUCGCUGCGGCAGUGUGAAUAUUCUGGCGACAGUGACAUGGCAGUAAGAUGUUUACGAAAAUUAACCCAAUCUCUGAUGCUGUUAGCAGAAGACAAAACAGGAGGAUGGGGAAUCCUUGGAGCCAUUGGUUUGCGCAAGAAUUCUCCUGUGUCUGUAAGGUGUCGAUUAUUGAGUCGUGCCCUGGCUGUAUUUAUAUUGGCACAGUUACCAGAAGGGGACCCGCCAAGAGUCAGAAGAACGCCAAAUGCUCCUGGGCAGUUACUCUCAACUCCAGUCUCAUCCAGUAGGGGUAGUUCCCCCGAUGGAAUAAGUCAGCCUUAUCCAACCACGGAAGCUGUAAAAGCCCUGAACAACUUGGAGUCACUGAUAAACAGUAAACAUUACCAGGAGCUCCGGACUUCAGUGGAACUUGCCGUGAAACUUGUGACUGACCCAAAGAACUCCUUGCAUAAUGCCUCAUACAUCUUGGGAGUCCUGGCUGCAGACCUGUUUCAGCAACGGUACCUUUCAAUUCUUAAGACUUUGCCGUAAUCAGCAGAGCAUGCAGUGGAACUGGUCGAGUCUACUAAAUGAGAUAAGGAUUUUAGGAUGUGUAUGUGCCAUAAGAAUUUCUCUUCUCUCCCAUGCAUAUUGCAUGUCCCAACUAUCACAUCCUCCUCAGAUUUAUCAUCCUAAUAAUAUUUUGGAGACAAACAAAUUAUGGAACCCUUCAUUAUAUAGCUUUCUCCAGACUUUAAUUAUUUAUUCCCACAUAGUCUCCUCAGCACCCUUCUCAUACACCCUCAGUCUAUGUUCAUUCCUUGAUAUCAGAGACCAAGUUUCUCACCCAUACAAAACAAUAUGGAAAAUUAUUGCUUUUGUAUAUUUUAAUCUUUGCAUUUUAGGAAAGCAGAUGUGAAGACAAAAAACUGUGUACUGAAUCAGAGCAAGCAUUUCCAAAGUUUAAUGUUAUAUAAAUGUUUUCAUGGGUGCAAUUUUGAUAAGUUUUAAAUCAUAUAAAUAAGUAACUACAUAUAAACUGUAUAUAACAGCUAAAAUUAAGUAUACAUGCAUAAUACACAAUUACAUUUUCAACACUGUAGUCUUUACCAAAUUCUUCUUCCCUUCCCAUCUUACUGUCAUUUAGAAUGUUUAAACUGAGGGAUGUACAGAUUACUUAUAAGGGAAAUUAAUUCAGCUGUAUCAAACUACAAAUUCUAAAUUACAGACAUAUUUAGCAUCUGACAGAACAUCAUGUGUACUGUGGAGUGACAGUGUGUGCUAGGGGUUAAGGUGACCAGAGUGGUCAUGGGAUAGAGUUGUUGGUUUUGUAUGUUCAUUGCAACACAAAGGGCAUAUAAUAACCUCUAAUUCUCAAUACUAUAUAGCAGGCAUGUCCAAUGCGUUGAUCGCGAUCAACCGGUUGGUUGCAUGGGCCUAUAAGGAAAUUAUAUGUGAGAAGCAUGUAAAUUCACUUUUAUUUUUUAUUUUUAUUUCUCUGCGAAUUUACAAGCUACUCACUACAGUAAGGAGCAAUAAGUAAAUUGGUUAAAAGUAUCAACCAGUGUCGAUGCUCUUAAACACAGUUGAUGCUAGAAUUUAUUGCUUAACCUAAUUUUGUCUUUUCGGAAGGUCAGAUGGCCACUGUCUCUUCAGUCUCCAUACAACGUUGGGAGGGUUUCUUAUUUCUUCAAUUAAUCUGUUGUCAUGUCCUUGUAGUCGUCGUUUGUAGAGUAGGGCUAAUCUUCGUAUCUCGUCUGUUACAUAUGGGACUUGCCGGUUGUUGUGGAGCGUCCGAUUGGAGACGUACCAGGGUGCGUUGGUGAUUGUUCGUAGAACUCUGGACUGUAGCCUUUGGAUGAUUUGUGUAUUUGAUGGCUUUGCACAGCCCCACAGUUGAACUCCAUAUGUCCAUAUAGGUUUAAUUAUGCAUUUGUACAGUAUCAGUUUGUUCUUUAAGGAUAAUUUUGAUUUACGGUUCAUGAGCCAUGACAUUUCACAGAGUUUCAUGUUCAUUUGUUGAUGUUUGGUUUUAAUAUGCUUUUGCCAUGUUAAGUUUUGGUCCAAGUGAAGUCCCAAGUAUUUUACCUCGGAUUGCACAGGAAUUGGUGUGUUCUGGAUGGAGACUUGUGGGCAUGUUGUUUUCCUGGUGGUGAAUGUUGUCUGAACAGAUUUUGCCUGAUUAAUUGUGAUUUUCCAUGUGGUGGCCCAUUGUUCGAAGAGGUCUAAGUGGUUUUGUAAGUACUGUAAUGCUAGUUGAGGAUCUCUUGCUUCUUGAUAGUAUGACCGUGUCGUCGGCAAAAGUUGCUAUGAUUGUUUUUUCUGUGGUGGGCAGGUCUGAGGUGUAAAUUAGAUAGAGUAAUGGUCCCAGCACACUUCCCUGUGGUAUGCCAGCAUUCACUGAGUAACUGUUUGAGUAUGUUGUAUUGUAUUUGACUUGAAAGUGUCUUUCUGUAAUGUAAGAUUUUAAUAAUAGGAAAUAUGGGGUAGGAAAAAAGUUUUUGAUUUUAUAUAGUAGACCGGAGUGCCAUACUUUAUCAAAUGCUUGGGUUAGGUCAAGAAAUGCCGCUGUGCAGAAGGAUUUUUCCUCGAGACUUGCUGCGAUUUUAUUUACUAUUCGGUUUGUUUACUGUACUGUCAAGUGGUGUUUCCUGAAUCCAAACUGGAAGUCAGGAAUGAUGGUUGGUAGAUCUAUGUCAGUGCUUAUUCUGGAGAGCAGUAGUUUUCGAAUAAUUUUGAUGGUGUUGGCAGUAGGCUGAUUGGUCAAUGAGAACUGACUUCGUUAAUAGGUUUGCCGGGUUUAGGCACCAUCAUGAUCUGGGCAAAUUUCCACAUUAGCAGAAAAUAUGCUAGUCUGAGCAUACUAUUGUAAAUGAUUGUUAAUAAUACUAAUCCUUUCUUUGGAAGUUGUUUCAGUAUGGCGCUUGUAAUAAGAUCAUAUCCUGGGGCUUUGCGUAGAUUGAGGUUUUUGAUUUGUUGUCUUACUUCUUUGGGAGAGAAUGGUUUAAUUGGUAGG